AUGAGUGGUCCUUCAUCAGGUUCAACUCUUCAAUUGUUGAAUCCAAAAGCAGAAUCAUUAAGAAGAGAUGCUGCUCUACGAGUUAAUAUUGCCGCUGCUCAAGGUCUUCAACAAGUUUUAGAAACUAAUUUAGGUCCUCAAGGUACUUUAAAAAUGCUUGUUGAUGGUUCAGGUAAUAUUAAAUUAACUAAAGAUGGUAAAGUUUUACUUAGUGAAAUGCAAAUUCAAAAUCCAACAGCUGUUAUGAUUGCAAGAGCUGCUGCUGCACAAGAUGAAAUCACCGGUGAUGGUACCACUACUGUUGUUCUAUUAGUUGGUGAAUUGUUAAAACAAGCAGAAAGAUUCAUUACUGAAGGUGUUCAUCCAAGAAUUAUUACUGAUGGUUUUGAAAUUGCAAGAAAAAAUACUUUAAAAUAUUUAGAUGAAUUUAAACAAAAUCCAGAAUUAGAUCGUGAAUUAUUAUUACAAGUUGCAAGAUCUUCAUUAUCAACAAAAGUUAAUAAAGAUGUUACUGAAGUACUUACACCAAUUGUUACUGAUGCUGUCUUAAAUGUUAAAAGUGAAGAAUCAUUAGAUUUACAUAUGGUUGAAAUCAUGCAAAUGCAACAUGAAUCUGCUAAAAAUACAGAAUUAGUUAAAGGUUUAGUCUUAGAUCAUGGUGGUAGACAUCCAGAUAUGCCAAAAUUGGUUAAUAAUGCAUAUGUUUUAAUUUUAAAUGUUAGUUUAGAAUAUGAAAAAACUGAAGUUAAUUCAAGUUUUUUUUAUAGUUCUGCAGAACAAAGAGAUAAAUUAAUUCAAUCUGAAAGAAAAUUUGUUGAUGAAAAAUUGAAAAAAAUUGUUGAUUUGAAAAAUGAAGUUUGUGGUUUAGAUUCAGAUAAAGGUUUUGUUAUUAUAAAUCAAAAAGGUAUUGAUCCAAUGUCAUUAGAUGUUUUAGCAAAACAUAACAUAUUAGCUUUAAGAAGAGCCAAGAGACGUAAUAUGGAAAGAUUACAAUUAGUCACUGGUGGUGAAGCACAAAAUUCAGUUGAUGAUUUAACUCCAGAAAUCUUAGGUUAUAGUGGGAAAGUUUAUGAACAAACUAUUGGUGAAGAAAAAUUCACAUUUGUUACAGAAAAUAAAGAUCCAAAAUCUGUUACAAUUUUAAUUAAAAGUGCCACAAAUCAUGCCUUAAAUCAAACAAAAGAUGCUGUUAGAGAUGGUCUUAGAGCCGUUGCUAAUGUUAUUAAAGAUAAUGCAGUUGUUCCAGGUGCUGGUGCUUUCUUUAUUGCAUCUUCUGAUUAUUUAAAGAAAAACUUAUCUAAUUUAGCUGAAGGUCGUAACAAGACUGGUGUUGAAGCUUUUGCUGAUGCUUUAUUAGUUGUUCCAAAGACUUUAGUUAGAAAUGCAGGUCAUGAUGCUUUAGAUGUUGUUGCUCAAUGUCAAGAUGAUUUGAAUGAUGAACGUGUUGUUGGUGUUGAUUUGAAUGAUGGUGACUCAUGUGAUCCAACUAUUGAAGGUAUUUGGGAUUCUUUCAGAGUUUUAAGAAAUGCAGUUACUUCAAGUGUUGGUAUUGCAAGUAAUUUAUUAUUAUGUGAUGAAUUAUUGAAAGCUGGUCGUUCAUCAUUAAAAGAAGGCGGUGGUCCUCCAGGCCAAUAA